UGCGACAAGCAGCAGUGAAAACAUGUGAAGCUCUGGACUUUGGCGACAGAUUUGAUAUUUUAUUGAUUUUAAAGCUUUGACAACUUCUGUUAUGAUUCAGACGAGAUUGAUCAAAUAUAGACAUUCCCCGUAUACGUUGAGAUGGGAAUAUUCUGCCUUUAGGGCUGUUAAAAUGUCAGACCAAGCGGUGGCUGUUAGCAUGUGUGGCUAACUUGGCAUCUGUUUUCAAGUGAAGUUUUAUCUUAAAGUUUUUAUUUCUGAUUGAAAACUAAAGUCAGUAUCACAAAUGGAGACUGCAGCUUUGGUUGCUCCUGUCACAGCUCUGGAGUUUAUUGAAAACGAGUUUUUGCUCUCUGGUGAGGGUCCAGUGUUGACAGUUUACAGUCUUCAUCCUUCUCCCAAAAACUGUUCUUCCCUGAGCGUCCUCCAGCACCAGAGAAUCCACGGGAUACGACCAAAAGAACGGCAGCAAGAACAAGAUGCAAAAACACCACAGCAAGAAAAGCCUGGACCAGACGAGUCUUUUUACGACUUGGCAGUGUUUGGAGGCAAAGCUGUACGUCUCAUCCGUCUCCACCGAUCGGACCCUCUUCAUUUAGAAAACAUUCACCCCAUUAUUGAGCUCCACGACUGGAUUCUAGAUGUCCGCUGGAUGUCCGGAGACCCAGGCCCACUCCUUUGCGUCGCCUUAGCCCAUAACAGUGCUCUUCUCCUGGACACUGAUUCAGAAACUAUCCUCUACCGGCGAUCAUGCUCCGAAGGCUGUCUUCUUUACUCUGCCCUAGUUUUAGCUCACAAAUCUUGGUCUGAUACUGUGCUUAUCGGAGGAACUGUUUUUAAUCAACUCGUUAUUUGGAAACCAGGAGAGGUAGCGGAAAAUGUUGAAUCAAAACCCCCUGUGGAACGGCGUCUUUUGGGUCACAGCGGAGUCAUUUUUGACAUUUCAUAUUCGGAAAAAGAGGGAGUUCUUGCUUCCGCUUCGGACGAUCGAAGUGUCAGAAUUUGGCAAGUUGGGAAAUUAGGAGGAAAGGGAGGACACUGUGGUGAAGAGAAUCCAGUUUGUUUACACGUUUUGUACGGACAUCAGGCUAGAGUUUUUUCUGUAAGGCUUUUGAAUUCCAAAGUUUUCAGCGCCGGAGAAGAUGGAGCUUGCUUGAUGUGGGAUAACGGUCAGGUUGUGCAAACGCUGAAAGGGCAUAGAGCUGGAGGUGUACGCUCUUUGGCAGUCAGUUCAGAAAGCUGUGAAAAAGCUAUUUGGGUGACAUCAGGUGGAGCAGAUGGAGGAGUGAGACUGUGGAAGCUCGGAGUAAAGCAAGACCAAACGGAAGACAAUGAAGAGAAUUUAAAAGAUCUGAAGUUUCCCGUGGACAAAAUAGACGCAAAAGAGUUGAAGAAGCAAAAAGUUAAACAACAAGACAAGAGUUUGAGGUCAGAAAACAUGAAAACGCAACAUGAAGCUCACUAUUUAAAGUUAGAAAAAGAAGAACCUGCACUUCAAAUGGAUGAUCCUGAAACUGGAAAUAUGGUAAAUAAAAUGGAAGUGACAAUGGACAACCUUAAACUCAGUGAAACUUUUGUGGAGAAGCAAGACCAAAGCCAUCUUGAAACCGAACAAGUUUUCCAAAAACAUGAUAAAAGCGAUUUAAAUGAUGAAAUGGAUGCAAAAACAACAAUUGAAAAGUCCACUGUCGACACACACUUUGUUGGCGUUGGCGUCCCUAAAGUAAUUUGCGCAUUAGAUUCUGAAAACUCAACAUGGAGCGAUUGUAGAUUCCUCGUUUGCACAGAUAAAGGAGGCGUCUAUGAAUAUACAAACGCAAAAUGGGACCUAGUUUGGCAAGGACCACCUGAAUUUCAAUCCUACUGCGUUAUGGAAGUAGUUAGCGUCAAAAACAAAGACUCACUCACUCAUUUGUGCGCUGUGGCGAAUAUUCACGGAUCAGUGCAGGUUUUUUCUAUCGCAAAUCCAAAAAGUGGAGUGCGCUUGGUUGCGGGAAAUGGGAAAAUUCAUAGUUUAAUCUGGCGAAAAGGAAGCGUAGAUGGAUUCGCUUGGUUGCUGGCUUCUGGAAGUGAUGGUCUUGUUCAUCGCUGGUGGAUAGAAGUUACAAAAAGUGAAAAUGUUCAAUUAAAAGUGGUAGAAUUGGCGAGUUUUGAGCUGCCAAAAUGUAGUAAAAGAUGGUUAACAGCGGCUAUAAGAGUUCAUUUGGGAGAAGAUAUCGGCUGGGUUUGUGGAGACAGAAGAGGGUCACUACUUUUGUUCCAAGAAAGGGAAAAUACAAAGAGCAGAGUGGACGAAAUAGAUCUUCUAGAGAAAAAUCUUGCUAAUGAAGUAAACCAAGAACCAGAGGAAGAAAUUCAAGAAGCCAGUACGCUAAAUCAAGAUACAAACAAAGGCAGACCUACGCUAAAACUAACUCCAGUGAGUGCUUUGUUCAGUGUCCAUGGUAAACAAGGGGUGACUUCAGUUUUUGAGCAUUCAGGUCUUUUUUACAGUACAGGACGCGACGGAUGUGUGAGGAUUUUUCAUUCAAAAGUGUCCGAAACUCAAGAAUAUGUCCUGGAGGUUUUAAGAGUUCAACGGGCUUGUAAAGGAAUGGAGUGGCUUGAAAAAAUACUGAUUCUGGAGACAAAAGUUGGACAGGAAGUUGAGAUUUUGGCUGAGGAAAAGGAAGAAUCGACUGAAACGAAUCACGUGUGUUUAAAAAAUAUCGACGCUACAAAACAGAGUGUCCAAGAAGUACGCUUUGCAAUUGUAGGUUUUCACGGCAACCAUUUUGUCGUGUGGGACCCUGUUCGUCAAGAAAAAUUAUUGUCAGUUCUGUGUGGGGGUGGGCAUCGAUCUUGGAGUCUUUGGACGGACGAAAAAGGACACUGGACGGGAAAUGGAGCUCUAGUUUUUAUCAAACAAGGCGCAGUUUUGGCGUCGGAAAAAACGGUGAAGGAAGCCAAUGGGAAAAUUGGUUGGAGUCUACGAGAAGGGAUACACGGAAGAGGGAUUGGGUGUGUUCACAGGUUAGGACGGAUUAUGAGUCAAAGAAAUGCAUGCUGGGACAUUGUUGUGACUGGCGGGGAAGAUACCAGCGUCACCGUUUUGGCGUUGAACCCCAAAAAAGGCGAAAUGAAAGUUCUAGCAGUUCUGACGGAUCAUAUAUCGAGUGUGAGGGCGUUGACGGCGGUGGCGAACCAAGACGGCGACAGGGCGGGUUUGUCGGCGCUCGUGGUGUCCGCAGGCGGGCGGGCUCAGAUGCAGUGUUACCGCCUCCUGAUUGGCUGCGGUGAUCGGGGGGAGGCUCCUUCCUGUCAGGUGAUCCAGGUGGCAGCGCACCGAUUGGACGAGCAGUGGGAGAGGAAGAGGAACAGACACAAGAUGGUCAAGAUGGAUCCAGAAACGAGAUACAUGUCGAUGGCCGUUUUGGAGCAGACCCCAGACUCUUUGACUCUCGCUUUGGCCUGUAGCGAUGGAGCCGUCAGACUCUUCUCUGUGAGUGAAGUGAAGCGCCGCAUUGAGUUGUUGUGGGAGAGUUUCCAUCAUCAGCGCUGUGUGCUCAGUGUCGCCACCUGCUGUUUACAGGACGCACAAGGGAACAGGCAUCAGCUGCUGUUUUCCGCUGCUACAGACGGACAGAUUGCUGUGUGGGAUUUUCCCUCGUUCUCAUCGUCCGAUCAGAAUCCCUCUUCACCCAUAUUCACUGUUUCUGCACAUCAGAGCGGCGUCAACUCUUUGGACAUUUCCCCAAUCAAACUUAAUGACUUUUAUCACAUAACUAUCGCAAGUGGAGGAGAUGACGGCCAACUGGCUGUUUCUCAAAUCAAAAUCCAGAUCGUUGAUAAUUCAGAUCCACAAAAUCAGCUUUUUAUCAGUCUGGUGAACCAAUAUCACAUCCCACUGGCUCACGCUGCUCCUUUAACCUCUCUGAAGCUACUAAAGGAGAAUCAAAUUGUUUCUACAUCUUGCGAUCAGAGAGUCUGUCUGUGGAGAAUUGGCAGUUCAGGGAUCGGCCACCAGAGGGCAGUAUGUUCCCAUGUGGCAGACGCGGCAGCUCUGGCAGUUUGGGAAGAGGAACGCGACUGGGAAAGUGGGUCAAGUGCUGAGGUGGUGUUUGGAGAUGGAGACGACUCAGGAAAUAAAAACGGAGGAGAGGUUUAUACAGAGAAAAGAGACACUGGAGGGACAGAGGAGGGAUAUGUUUUGAUUUGUGGACAAGGUUUACAGCUCAUACACGUGCUCUAGUCUAGUGUGCAAGACUGUCCUCUGAGACUCUUCACUUUGUAAAUUUAUCUUGAUUUUCAUACUUUUUAAUAAAGAUAAU